UGCUGCCUGGUUUUGCUGCCUGGCUUGACUGAUUUGACUGAUUUGACUACUCUUACUUCCUGAUUUGACUGUUGGGCUUGGGCGCGCGCUCUGUUGCCACAUGCCGCACCCGUGCACCACGCCGCUCCGCGGGCCUCCCGAUGAGAUGCGCUGCGAAAAAUUCCCCGGACAUGGCAGGCAAACCUAUCUCUCGCUCCUCGCUUUUCUGCAUUUGCCCCUCUCACAUCUUCUGUUUCUGUCCCCGAGAUGGCCGACGCACCCAAGGAGAGAAGGCAUGCGUUCCGCUCGUUCAAGGAGCGCGUGGACGCCAUGAAAAUCGAGCCCAGCCGCAAGCUCAACGCGCGGGCCCACGACUACGUGGAAACGUCCCAUUUCCUUGCCACGCUCGAGCACUGGAAAGAGGUCAAUAUCAGCGGAGACUUCACGGACUUUUUGCGCGAGGUGGAGCCGUUGUGCCAGACGUUGCCGCAGAUCUUGCACCACCAAACCCGCAUUUUCGAGGCCUUGCACGCACACAUCCAGAAGAACGACGUCAAUCUGAUCCAGCCGUUGUUGGAGCUCAUGGCGCAGUUCGUGCAUGACUUGGGCUCCGACUUCAUGCCGUUCUACCGGCCGUUCUUGCAGCUUGUGGUGGACCUUGCGCAGCAGACCAGCCCCAACGAUGCACAGAACAUGCGCAACACGUCCAAUGUCUUGGAGUGGUGCUUCAACACCUUGGCGUUUGCGUUCAAGUACUUGGCGCGCGUGCUAACCGAGGACCUCACGCCGACGCUCGCGCAGCUUUUGCCCGUGUUGCAGAUGACCAAGAAAACGUACGUGCUGCGGUUCUGCGCGGAGGCAGUGUCGUUUUUGGUGAAGAAACUGAAGCCGGAGCCGUUGAUGGAGGCCGUGCGCUUCUUGUUCAAUACGAACCGCGACUUGCUCGACCAGAACAGCUUUUACCGCGAGUCCUUGGUCACUCUUUUCAGCGAGGCCAUGAAGAAUACACAGGACACGUUCCACCUGAGGGCAGGCGGCGUGUUUUCCGCGUUGCUAGAAAACGCGUUGGCCGACACAUCCCGCAGCGAUACAUGCGUGGGCACGCUCUGCGACAUUAUGCUCCAGGCACUGAAACACGGCUCUGCGCGCGCAUGCGAGCGGUUCCACGCCAGCUGCAUGGCGUACCUCGAGGACGUGGUCGCGCAGACGCGGUCCCAGGUCACUCUCCAAUACGUGGCGCAGGUCCUCAUCACCGUGUGCUUUGCCGAGUCGGGAAAGAAGAUUCUGGACUGGCCGGCCGUUUUUGUUGUUGUCGAGGCGCUUGUGCACAAGGCGCGGCUGGUUGCGCGCUCAGUCGACCAAAUUGCGCCCGCGUUGAUGGCGCUCUUUGCGCAUCUUUUUGCAACCAUUGUGCGCAACUGCCCACUCGAGCAUCUUUCCAAGCACUUCGAGUCCAUGUCUGCGUUCUUGGCCAGCAGCACGCACGUCCAGUACUACCUCAGCUUCUACGAGCUUGCCGUGACGAGCGCCCCGGACAAAAUGGCGACUUUUGGCGCCGCGCGCACGCUCCAGACCAUCCUCAACAAGACGAGCAGCGACGCGCAGCUCAUCAGCUUCGCGCAGAAGUUGCAGCGGCUCGAGGCCGUGGCGCCGCAGGCCAUCGGCGACAUUGUGCUCCCUUCUUUCCUCUCCGUGCAGUUGCUCGACAUGAUGGAGCAGGACAUCCAGAAACCCUUCUGCAGCGCUGUUCUACAGGGCCUCUUCUGGAAGUUGAAGUUGCUCAGCUUCCUGCCCGAGGGCGGCAGCGAGCUGGCCACGCCGUUGCGCAUCUUGCAGUCGCUCUCGGACCGCAGCUUGCCGCAGACGCCGUUCUUGCACGACGUGCUUGGCACCAGCAUGAGCGUCACGGUGCGGCUCUCCAAGGCCGGGUCGCUGGCCGCGGCGGAAAUGUACACGUUCGUGCAGAACUGCCUCGAGCCGUGCCGGGCGUCGCUCGACUUCUUGAGUGGCGCCACGCGCCUCCUCGAGAAGCACCAGGCCGCGUUGCAGCCGCUAUUAGCCGCGGACAUGCAGCCGCUCUGCGCGAUGUUGGCGCACAACUUCAGCCUGCCCGACCGGCAGGUGCGCACGGCCACGGCCAGCUUCUUGGCCAAGCUCCACCGGUGCGCCGGGGCCGCGGUGCCGUUUGCCGUGUCGCAGGUGCUUGUCAUUGACGCCGUGCCGCUCACGGUCGCCAACGCCAACGACAUCAAGAUGCGCAUCCGCCACGCCGUGUCGCAGUUCGCGCUUGUCAAGGACCGCACCCCUGGCGACCGGCUUGUGCUCUCGCAGUAUGUGGUUGGGCUUUUGAGCAACAACUUCCAGCCCUGCUGGUUGGCCGUGUACGAGUGUCUCCCGCAGCUAGCCGAGUGCGGGUGCCUGGAGCCGCUCUGGAACGCGCUUUUUGCGUUUGUCAAGUACGACUACAGCAGCCAGCCGCAAGCGUACCUCGGGGCCGAGGACGGGUCUCUGGGCGGCAAGGCGGAGCCCGGGUCCAGGGACGUGUCUGUGCCCGGGGCGACCGACGAGGGUUUGCCCGAUGUGGCUGGACCAGAUGCAUCAGACGAGGGUUUACCCGAUGUGUCUAUCCCCGACGUGUCUGUACCCGACGAGGAUUCACCCAACGCGUCUGUACCCAACGCGUCUGUACCCAACGUGUCUGUACCCAACGCGUCCGUGCCCGUCUUCCAGGUCCUCGACGAGCGGCUCUCCGCCAGCAUCGCCGCCGCACAGGCGUCAGUCUUCGCCUCCAGCGCCCUCGCCUUGCUGCUGCUCUUGGCCAUCGCCCGCGCCAAAAACAGCGCCCGCUCGUACAACCCGCAGCUCCGCGCCCGCGUCAUCAAGGCGCUCCAGGCCGUGGCGUACGUCGUGGAGCAGCACGGCGCGGAGUUCGUCCAGUACGUCGUGCGGCUGCAGAGCGCCGACCCCGCGGCGCAGGCCGCCUUUGCCUCGUGGUCCGGCAAGGACAAGCUUGCGCUCGUGGGCGUGUGCGGCAAGUUCAAGCGCUUGGCCCGCGUGCCCGGUAACGACGCGCUCUUUGCGCUCGUGCUCGAGAACCUCUCGUCCAAGCAGACCGCCGUGCAGCAGGAGUCGCUCGAGGCGCUCUUUGCCUGGAACAACGCGCACAUCAACAAGUACCGCGACAACUUGAAGAACUUGCUCGAGGACAAGCUCUUCCGCGACGAGCUCCAGCAGCUCGUCAGCAAGCACGCGGACGCGCGGCUCGCGGCUGCGGACGCGGACGCGGUGCUCCCCGUCGUGUUGCGCAUCCUCUACGGGCGGGCCAAGGGCGCGUCCAACAACAAGAGCAAGAACGGGCGCAAGUUCGCCGUGGCCACGGUGUUGCCCAACUUGCCGGACGCGGCCGUGGCGCAGUUCCUCGACAUCCUCGCGCAGCACCUCGAGCACGGGCCGUUCUUCCUCUCGCGCGAGCUCGCCGUGCCGUCGCGCGCCGCGCUCGCCGGCAUGGUGGGCUACGUGAACAUGCUCCUCGAGGUGUACAGCGGCUUGGGCUACAAGUUUGCGCACGUGGUGCCGCGCACCGUGCGGCCCUUGGUGUUCGCCCUCGUCAGCGCCCAGAAGACGCUCGACGCGCCGCACGCGCCCGACGAGCUCACGCUCAAGGUGGCCCGCACCGUGCGCCUGGUGGGCUUCCGCUGCCUCGACCACCUCUUCAAGAUCACCGCCGCGUCGUUCGAGUGGUCUGCCGAUGCGGAGCUCAUCUUCUCGCAGCUCGUGGCGCCGCGCCUCGCGCGCUUCGCCCAGGAAAACGCCCAGCAGCCGUCCGCGCUCAUGGCGCUCGUGGUGGGCUGGAUCGGCCUGCCGCGCCUCGUGCCGUUCCUCUACUUGGACGGCCACGCGGCCGUGCGCGCGUUGAUGCUGUUGCUCGCCAGCCCGCACGCCAAGGACCCGGUGCAGCUGGCCCUCUUGGACUUCUGCAUCGCCGCGUUCACCCGCAAGGACAUCGCCGACGACCGCUACUACACGCUCUUGGCCUUGGUGGUCGACGGCUUGUUGGCCGUGCUCCCGCGCAUCAUCGAGGCCGCGCUCGACAGGGACAUCUCCGCCCGCGCCGCCACGCUCUUGCUCCUCAUCAUUGACGGCGGCUACGUCCAGGAGCACGCCACGCGCCGCGCGCUCGUGGCCGCGUGCGCCAGCGCCAUCCGCAAGCCGCCGGCACAGCUCGCCGCCGCAGACCGCGUCAGCUUGCUCCUCCUGUUGGUGACCAUCGUGGACGGGCUCGACGGGCCCUUCGACGGCGUGGCCGUGCUCUACGACGUCUGUGCGCUGGCGCUCCGCUCGUACAAGGACCGCCAGGUGCGCGAGGCCUUGGUGCAGAUCUUCGCCGUGCUCGGCCGCCACCACGCCGACCUCGCGCCGGUGGCCGCGCUCGUGGCCGACUUGAACGCGUACUCGCCGCAGCGCAUGGCCGAGCCGGACUUCGACCGCCGCUUGCGGGCGUUCCGUACCAUCAACGACGACCUCAGCACGCAGCUCUCGCCGCGCCAGUGGCUCCCCAUCGUCCAGGCCUGCUUGUUCUUCAUCAACGACCCGGACGAGGUGGCCAUCCGCCUGAACGCGUCGCACACCUUGACGCGCUUCGUCGCCGCGUUGGCGUCCAAGGCCGGCGACGGCCUCGCGGCCCACCGCGACUUGUUCCACGCCGUGGUGGAGCCCCACUUGCGCACGGGCUUGCGCAAGGAGCGCGACGACAUCAAGGACGGCUACGUGCACGUGUUGGCGGCUGCCGUGCGCCGCCACGACCAGUUGCCGGAGCUCGCGUCCAUGCGCGUCUUGCUCGCAGACGACCCGGACGACGACUUCUUCGCCAACUUCACGCACAUCCAGUUGAAGUGCCGCCAGCAGGCCAUCCGCAGCCUUGCGGCCGUGGCGGACCGCCUCAGCCCGGAGUGCGUGCACCACUACAUCUUGCCCAUGACCGAGUCGUACACCAAGUGCGACGACGACAAGAUGCGGCCCAUCUUGGACGAGACCCACGCCACAUGGGCCCACGUGGUGCGCCGCUUGCGCUGGGACCACUUCCGCCUGUUGUUCCGGCGCCACAUCGCCGCCGCGGCCCUGCCCGACGAGGCCGGCCGCAGGGACCGCAUCCGGCUCGUGGUGCACCUCUCACAGGGCAUGCUGGCCGCGGUGCGGGCGCUUCGCUCCGGCGCCGCCGCCGACGGCUUUGCCGCGUUCCCCGACGACGCGGCCCGCGCGGACAACGCGGUCAUGCGCGAGUUCUUCGAGCCCAUUAUGAAGAUCGUGCGUGUGCGCGACGACGACACCGUGGUGGACCGCACGCUCUUGGUGGAGGCCGCGGUCAACUGCCUCUUGUGCGUGGCGGACGGCGUGGCCGAGGCCGCCAUCUCCGGCACCUUGACCAGCACGUGCCAGGCCUUGCGCCUGCGCUACCAGCCCACCAGGGACGCGGUGCGCAAGACGUUGUGCCGCGCCACGCGCAUCGUGGGCGCCAAGUACCUCAAGUUCGUGGUCCAGGAGCUCAAGUCCGCGCUCUCGCGAGGCGCGCAGAUCCACGUGUUGAGCUACACGCUCCACGCGGUGCUCGCGGCCGUGCGCGAUGACUUGGAGCCGGGCGACUUGGACGAGUCCGCGCCCCUCAUCGUGGACAUCAUCAUGGAGGACGUGUUCGGCGCGGCGGGCCAGGACAAGGACGCCGAGGACUACGUCAGCUCCAUGAAGGAGGUCAAGGCCAAGAAGAGUUUCGAGACCGGCGAGUUGCUCUGCGCCAACAUCUCGUUGCCCUGCUUCCGCUUCCUCGUGGAGCCGCUCAAAAUGCUCUUGAAAGUCAACCUCCCGUUGCGCACGCGCCGCAAGCUCGACGACCUCCUCCGCAAGUACGCGCACGGCUUGCUCUUCAACCCCAGCGCCGCCACGCGCGAUGUGCUCGUGUUGUGCUUCGAGCUCCACCAGCAGUCCACCAGCGUGGAGUUCGCCACGCGCAAGUACGCCGAGCCCACGGAGGCCGAGGAGCACUUCUUGGUGCGCACCCACGCCCGGCCCACGCACUCCAACGUGGACCGCUCGCAGGUGGUGUUCACCUUGCAGAAGUUGUGCUUCGAGCUCAUGCGCAGUGCGCUCGGCAAGCACGCGCACUUGAUGACCGUGGCCAACCUCGACGCGUUCGUGCCGUUGAUGGAGGCCAGCUUGGAGGCCGACGACGAGGGCUUGCUCGUGGCGUUGUUCCGCGUGCUCGACCUCGUCGCCAAGCUCGACUUCCCGGACGCCCGCGACGCGUUCUUCGCCGCCACCGCCACGCGUGCGUUUGCCGUGCUCCAGGAUCUGGCCACCACCGCCAGCGAGCUCAGCCAGACCUGCUUGCGCUACUUGGCCACGCUCGUGCGCCACAGGUCCAGCGUCACGUUGGGCGACAGCGCCAUGGUGUAUGUGCUUGUGCGCAUCAUGCCGGACUUGGAGGACCCGGACCACCAGGGCCUUGCGUUCAACUUCCUCAAGGCCGUGUUGUUCCAGCACAUCUUGCUCCCCGAGGUCUACGAGGUCAUGGACAAGGUGUCGCGCAUCAUGGUGGUCAACCACAACAAGGAGAUCCGCGACAUGUCGCGCGUGUUGUACUUCCAGUUCUUGAUGGAGUACGAGCAGGGCCCGGCCAAGCUCGACAAGGCCUUCCGCUUCUUGGUCAGCAACUUGGCCUACCCGACCCAGCUGGGCCGUGAGUCCGUCAUGGAGCUCAUGCACUCCAUCGUCCUAAAGGCCUCCGACACACUUCUCGCACAGCUCGCCACAAGCUUCUUCGUGGGCUUGGCCAACGUGGCCGUGGCGGACGACAUCCUGAAAUGCCGUGAGAUGGCCUCCUCGCUCAUCGCACGUCUUCUCAAGAAGGUCGGUCAGGACAAGGCCCACGACAUGGAGAACUUCAUCCACGCGUGGAUGACCCAGAAGGCCAACGCCUUGCUCACGCGCUGCGGGCUCGUUGUGUACAAGGUCUACGUGUCCGUCUUCGGCUACGGUGCCAGCGGCCGGCUUGACCAAGUGGCGUUGCUGCUCAUUGAUGGCGUCACGCGCCUGGCCCGCAACGGCGCCCCCGAAUCCGACAACGACUGGGAAGACGUGUACACGGCGAUGAGCGUGUUUUCUGGUGUUUGCGCGUCGCUUGGCAGCGGGGUCUUGACGGCUCGUUUCGAGUCCAUCUGGCGCCACGUGCUCGACACCAUCUUGUAUCCACACACGUGGGUGCGGCUCCUUGCUGCACGGUUGGUGGGCGUGCUUCUUGGCAACUUGGACAAGCUCGAGUUUUCGCUUUCCGGCGAACAGCUCCAGACCAUUGCUUACAGGUUGCUUCGCCAGUUGGGCGCGCCCGUGGUGGCGCCCGAGCUCGGCUCACAGGUCGUCAAAGACUUGAUCCAGAUUGUCACCAAAUGGCAGCAGGAGAACACGCCUUUCUACGUCAUCGACAAGACCAAAGACGACGAGGAAAACGCUGAAGCAGAACCUGCCGCGGAAGUGGACGAGCCUCCCCGCUAUGCUCUGGCCGUUGACUUCAUCUUAGCUCGUGUGUGUGCUCUCAUGAGGCAAGAUACGCGUUCGGACCGCAACUUGGUCGCCCGCAAAUCGGCCAUCCAGCUCGGAGCGGUGAUUGCGCAUCUCGUGCCGACCGAAAAGUUGGCCCAGGUCGCGCGCCAGCUCUUGUUUGGCAUGUACUAUAUUCUAGAGCAGGAUGCGUACUCGGACGCGGAAAACGACGUUUUGAUCAUGGCCAGAGAAAGUACCAAGGCGCUCGAGGAGAAGUUGGGUGUUAAUGCAUACCUGGAGAUUCACACCGGGGUCAGACAACACAUUGACCGUAUUCGACAAGAGCGCCGCGUCAAGCGAUCGCAGUUGGCCGUCAAUGCUCCGGACGUUGCAGCAAGACGCAAGUUGAAGAGACACGGAAACUUCAGGGAAAAGCGGAAGAACCGCAAGGACGAGAACGGCUACUACCGGGCCAAGCGCACGAAGAGGAACCAGGCUUGAGUCCCGGACGGCACAAUGCAUAUAGUUUGAUAGAAUUAAGGAUUUAAAACAAAUGUUUCUACUGGCUG